AUGAAGAGUGCCCUGCUGUCCCUGGAAGGUUCGCUGUUGGAGCAUGCACGACGCCUGCAGGAAUGUGAGGAGUGUGUGCUCUGCCUCUUUGGGAACUGUGGCAAUUGGACCAGGGAAUGUGUCCCCUCGGAGUUGCCCCUGGGCUCCCUGCCCAGCUGUGAAGCCGUCCUGCAAGCCCAGGCCAUCCCUGAGCAGCCUGCCCAGAACUGGGCCCUCAGCAAAGCGUGUGCUCCGUACCGACGCCUCUGCUCAGGCCAGGAAAUGUCCACCGACAGCUGCAUACACCUCAUGGUCAGCCAUUGCCAGCUCCGCCUGCAGGAAUGCCGGCUGGAAAGCGACAUGGACUAUUUGAACACAGUGGCAGACCAGUCCGAUCCAGCCUCAGCGCCACAGGGCUCCGGGGGCCCCAUGCACCAGCAUCUGUUUUCCAAUGCUUCCUGCAAGGGGAAAGGGCUGUGCGGGCACCGCGGGGUGCCAGCUCCCAACACAACGAUGGCAAAGGCAAAGAUCGUGGGAGGCAGCAAAGCCUGGCCUGGCGCGUGGCCUUGGCUGGUGUCUGUUCGACUCAACGGAGAGCUGAUGUGUGGUGGGGUGCUAGUGGGGGAUGCUUGGGUCCUCACGGCAGCCCACUGCUUCACAGGAAGCAGAAACGAACUGGCCUGGUCAGUGGUCCUGGGCGAUUAUGACCUGACAAAGCUGGAUGAAGGGGAGCAGGUAGUUGCGGUCAGCCGCAUCCUUUCCUAUCCCAAGUUCAACCCCAAGACCUUCCACAAUGAUGUGGCUCUGUUGGAACUGAGCAGCCCCGUGACCCCGUCCGCCUGGGUGACUCCAGUGUGCCUUCCUGAGCGACCUAUGGAACUGGGCACAGGGAUGCCCUGCUAUAUCAUUGGCUGGGGAUCGCUCUAUGAAGAUGGUCCAGGAGCUGAUGUAGUCAUGGAAGCCCAGGUUCCCAUCCUAGCCCAAGACAUCUGCCGUGGUGCGCUGGGGCGUCAGCUCUUCACCAGCGCCAUGUUCUGCGCUGGGUUCCUCUCUGGGGGCAUUGACUCUUGCCAGGGUGACUCUGGGGGACCACUCACUUGCUGGGACCCUUUGUCAGAGCGGUAUGUGCUAUACGGGAUCACCUCCUGGGGCGACGGCUGUGGUGAGCGUGGGAAGCCUGGGGUGUACACCCGAGUCGCCGCCUUCACAGACUGGGUGCACCAGCAGAUGGAGAAGUCGCCCUCCAGCCGGGAGCCCACCUGUUUCGAGCUGCUGGCAUUGGCUCAGAUGCCACCUGAUAGGCAGCGAGCGGAGCUCGGACACCUGUGUGCCUUCUACACCCAACCCUGCUCCCCCUCUGCCGGUCCAGCGGCUUGCGCCCAUGCUGCAGAUGAGAAGUGCAAGGCCAAGAGGCAGCAGUGCGAGCUGCGCUCAUACGCUCAGACCUUGUUGGAGUUCCUGCGUCGGGCGGAGGAGUUUUUCCGCACUCAGAUUGACUUCUCGUUCUUCACACACUCCCUCCCCCAAUUCAUGGAGCAAGUUUACCACCACCUCUUCCCUCCUCGAGCACGCCAGGAUUCCAGAGGUACUCCUUGGCCCAUGUCUUGGGAUGAAGACAGAAUUAAUAUAAGGGAUCUUGUAGCUCAGAUUUCACUGGUUGCAGAGUCAGGGGCGGUCGUUGCCACAGGAGGUGGGCGAGAGAGCCUGCAGCCAGAUGCCAGGAAAAUGCAAAAGCGAGAAGCCCAGACGACUUCGCCCAGGAGGCCUCCUCGGUCCACCCUCCCCUCCUUUGCCUCAUUGUUCCAGGGCACAGGGCCCAGUUUGGGUGACUGGGUGCAGGAGCUGAAUGCCCUGGCUGAGGGCUCGAGAACCACAGCAGGCGAGGAGGAGCACCUGUUCCUGCAGCAGGCAGAUGGGGAGGUGAAGGAGCUGCAGGAACAAGGGCGGAUCUUCCUUCAGCAGCUGCGAAGAGAACUGGGCCUUCAGGAUGCUUUCCCUGAAGCUGGGACAGAGGAGGAAGCCACCUCUGCAGCCACCACCACUCCCCAAGGUCUUGCCUUGAAUGACUCCCUGGCCAGUGAGGCCCACCCCCAGCGGGAAAAGCGCAGCCUUGGGAACGCGGGACCCAUUUGGGGAAAAGACGACACCUUCCCCCAAGUUCCUGCUGCAGGCUCCAGCUGCCGGGGUGUCAAUGAAUCUGCCCAGCAGGUCCGUUCUGUGCAUGAGAUGCACCGCUGGAUCCUUCAAGUGCCUGAGAGGGACCUCGCCAUGACCUUCCAGGAGAUCCUUGUGGAUCUGGGCUCCAAGAACUCCAAGGGCCUAUACAGGGCACGCAUCCAAGCCACCGUUGGACAUAGAUCCACCUCCUUCACCGGUCUCAUUGGCCUGGCCAGCGACUCUCUGUACCGCAGCAUGCCUGGCCUCAUUGCCCUCGCCCUGGAGAGCCUGAAGACCUAACCUGGCUACUCUUGGCAGGGGUUGGACUAACAGGACGCCCUGCAAAACCAGAGGACGAAGGCACAGAGAUGCCGCACACCCCUAAGUGAGACCCCUGUCCUCCGGGGUACGAUGGACUGGGAGUAAGGAAGUGUGGCGUAUCUCUGCUGAUCUGCCAGUGCAGGGAUGAGGGGCCUUUCCUAAUUGGAGGGCCGCAUUGCCUUGUUGGGAACC